AUGUUUUCGUCGUCGCAAUCUACGGCGGUGCAGCUGGUGGAUAAGGCGACGAGCGACCUGCUGGCGAGCCCUGAUUGGACGCUUAACAUGAAGCACUGCGACCUCCUUAACGCCAGCUCCGGGCAAGUGAAGGACGUGGUGAAGGCAGCGAGGAAGCGCAUCGGCAGCAAGAACAGGAAGACGCAGCUCCUUGCACUCACUCUACGUGGAGCCAUCUGGAAGGCGAGAGGCUUCCUGGUGGAUAUCCAGAGGGACGAUGGCUCGUGGUACGGCAGCUGGGGCGUGUGCUUCACGUACGGCACGUGGUUCGGGAUCUCAGGGCUGGUGGCCGCGGGGGCGCGAUACGAGACGUCGAAUGCCGUCCGCAAGGCGGUGCGCUUCCUGUUGGACAAGCAGCUGCCGGCAGGGGGGUGGGGGGAGAGCUACUUGUCGAGCCAAGACAAGACAUACGUCAACCUGCCAAGCGACCGCCCUCACCUGGUGGAUUCCAACACGCUCACCCUCAUCUGUCCCCUUCUCUCUGCUCUCCCCCUCGCCAAUGCCCUCUUCCUUUAUUUCUUCUAUCCCCCGUCUGCCAUCACAAUUCUAAAAAAAACCCUGGAGAAUUCUCAAAAAAACCCUGCAGCAUCAUGGACCUCCAACACAUUCACUCUCAUGACCCUGCUUCUCUCUGUUCUCUCCCUCUCCAAUGUCAUCUUCCUCUUCCCCCUCAUAUCCCUACCUACCUAUCACGUGCACAACUACAUCAACCUGCCAGGCGACCGCCCCCACCUGGUGAACACGGCGUGGGCCAUGCUGGCCCUCAUGGAAGCAGAGCAGCACCUGCGUGACCCCCGGCCUCUGCAUGCUGCAGCACGAGUGCUGGUAAUUGGGCAGAUGGAGAAUGGAGAUUUUCCUCAGGAGGUGAGUGAGACGAGAGGGGGUGGGGAGCACUCUGAUACAAGCACACUGCACGCUGCACUCUGCACGCCGCAGUGCAGGUGCUGGUGA